AAUGGAAAACAACGAGCAGUCAAAAGUGGACGAAAGAUAUGGAUAUUUAGAAAACUGUGUGUUAAAAACGUUUAAUCUAAAGUCUGACCGCUGGCAAAAAUGUCUUGCCGUAGAAGAACAACGACAGGUCAUUCAGGACUUUUUAGAUAAAACCGACCAGACGACUCUCGUCGUCUCGCUCGACUCCUCCGGACAGCUGAUCCCAAAUCUCGGGUUCUCGGGACGCGGGAAAAAUAAAUCUGUUUAUUUUCUGAAAGAGAGCAAAACAGCGCUGUCCGUCAAUACCAUGAAAACACAUUUAACUUGGGGAAGUAUGUCUCAUUCUCCUUUGGAGGAGUUCUCGGUGCUUCUGGAAGAGCUUGUGGAACCGUAUCUGUCCGAUAUGAGGAACAACCGGGGCGUUCCUCAGGAGAACGAGGAGGAUGAGGAGGAGGAAGAGGAGGAGGAUGAGGAGAAAGGCGAGGAGGGUGAGGAGGAAGAGGAGGACGGCCAUUACUCCCAAUCUCCGGUUUCGGAGCGAGUCUCGCUCAAGCCUGUUGCUCUUGGCUUUCCACCAAAGCGUGAAACUAUGAAAAUCGUCCAGUCAUGGCCUGAAGAGCUCAAACCGCCGGUGUUCUCCAGCCCAGAGAAGCCAGUGGAGAUACCGUCCCACAACUGGAGCUGGAUGUUCCCCGGCUCUGCCAGCGUCAGAUAA